CGCGAACCGUCGUCCGAGACGCAUGUCCGUCCCGCUCGCUCCAAAAAACAUUUGAAAGUAAUCUCUUCUAAUUGGUGCUAACUGUGAUACCCAAACGUUUUCAUUUAAAUGCGAUAUCAGCGACUUGAAAGAACGAAUUAAAAGCUUACAAGGACAGUGCAUGAAAGUUGGAAGUCUAGUGUUUUUUUGUAACAAAAUUGUUGAAUUCCGGAUUGUGGCGUGUGACCUAACGGAUACAAUAGAUCACACCCGUAUAGAGUUGAACACUAAUUGUAGGAACCCAACAAUGACAUAGAGCCCACGAGAUGGCGCUACGUUUGAAGAAAGACAUAAAGAAGGCGUCGUACUACGUUUGGUUCCUGGGUGCGCAGGAGUCACGUGGGCUGCGCGGCGAGGAGUUUGCUCUGCCUGCUAUUAGGAUAUUGGAGGAGAGAGCGCGGGACUUAGAGCCGUUCAAAGUUACCUUGCAGGUCUCCCACAAAGGCCUGAAGAUCAUCCAGAAUGUGACAGCGAAAGGCAAACAGCAGACGAUCAAGCACUUCAUACCUCACGGCAGCAUCACCAGCGCGGUUGUCCAAAGCGAUGUCGUGGCCUGUGUGUUGCUCCUUUACAACCCACUCACUGGGUGCCCCGUCCACGUCCACGCUUAUAGAUGCGAUUCGGACCACACAGCAGAAAUGCUCUACACACACCUCCAAGCGCUCAUAGAGAGACCUGAAAACCAGAAGAAAUUCGCCGAUAUCGAGAGGAAACUUCAGAUGAGGGGUGCUCUUCCAAGCACGAAGAAGCCCCCAGACUCUUCUUUGGGAAGUGAAGUCUCCAGGGAGUCAGACUCAGGAAGUAAUGAGGAGAGAUGCGUCGCCAAUCUAUACGACAGUCUGGCUGCUGAAUUGAAACAAAAGUUGUCAACAGGUAAAAAGGGGAUAGGCAAGAGUCCUAUCUUACUUCCACCGAGGGACUACGAUACGGUGCACAGGCAGAAGGGGAACCUCUCCAACAUUGACACCAGGAGGUGUCUGAACCAGAACAUUGUUGGUGUGAACGCUAGGAGGAAGUUGGAGUCUUCUGGUGGAAGCUCAGGGAUUGGCAGUGAUUUGGCCCCCUCCCCGGAGAGGAACGAGUACACCAGGCAACAUGAUAACCAUAGCACUAGUGAGGAGGAUUGGGCAGAGAGCACGGCGUACAUGAUGCACGAGGCGUUUGAAGCGUCCCCCCCGCGUCGCGCAACAUCUCCCCGCCGAGCAGCGUCCCCACGCCGAGCCGCUUCCCCCCCGCGCCGCACCUCACCGCCCCGCCGCGCCUUGUCCCCCCGCUACGACCGCUCCUACGACGACUUCCCCGAACAGUUCCGAGACCAACUCGCCCCCUUCAGAGACCAGGCCGGCUACGACAGGCGGUAUCGCCACGAGUCCUUAGAACGCCUCAAAGAUCCUAAACCUGAAAAGUUCGAGGAACCCCAAAACUACAGGAGGCGUUACGUGGCUGACACCAAACCUUCCAACCGAAGCAUAGACAGAGUCGAAGACCGAAGGUUCGGCAAACUUCAGCGGGGAGCCAGUGAAGGCAGCCUGAAAAUCGCCGAAAUAGCUUCUCCAAAAGACCGCUUCAAUGUCGCUAAAGAAAAAUUCAUGAAUUUGGAAAGGGAACGAUUCAAUAAAGAAUUGGAACAGCAUAUGGCGAUGAGGAGGAGUAUGCUGGAGAGAAAUAGUCGCUCCACUUCUUCCCCAGAGGAAGAGAGAAGGGACGAGCGAACGGACAGACACAGAGAGAGUUCCAGAAGAGAACCUGAACGUUCUCUUCUGGAGCGCUCUCAUAGGGAACCCGAGAGACGCAAGGAGGACCGUAUACGAGAUGAAUCGCUUCACAGAGACGUGAGAGAAGUGGAGAGGCUCCCACGAGUCGGACGCAAAAGGGACGACGUCAAGAGGUACGAAUAUGGUGCUGAGGAGUACCUGAACAGGAUUGAGCCGAAGCCUCAUAGGGAAGACUUUGACAGAUACAGAGAAAGAAGAGAGUUGGACCGUCGUAUAGACGAAGACGAGAUAAUUGAGCCUGUAAUAGAAGAUAGGAGGAGAGACUGGAGUGACAGGCAGAGAGGCUUCUCCCGUUCUCGCCUGUUGGAUGAUCAGCGCCAGUCUUACGUGGAAGGAGACAGAGAUAGGUACUACGAUAGGGAUUAUAGGGAUUUCCGUGACUUAGCAGAGAGACAACCGACGAAGUUCCGUCACAGCUACGCUGAGCCUAUACCUAGGGGACGUCUAGGGACUGUCAGACCUUACUAAAUGCCAUAAUAGAUUAGACUUCUGUAUAUAUUGGAUAUAUGAUGUAUUGAUGAAUGUGAAAAUGGAGUAAUAAAAUGUAAUUUUCUUUUUCUUCUACUAAAAUGACCGCACAAUUUAAUGUGCCGUAUGUUUGUUUCUAAAUUUUAACAUUUGAUUUUGUUGACGAAAUUUUAAAUAGUUUAAUCAAGGAUAUGAUAGGAAACAGUUAAAGAAACAUUUUUUCAAUUAUUGGGGCAAUUACUUGUAAUUCAUAAAACGUGUAUUUGUAGUUCUAAGUAGUUUAGUCAGAUACAAUUACGUGCGUACCAGCAAGUAACACUUCUUAAAUACUCAUAUGAACUGUUAAAUAUCACAGAAAAUGUAAAUAUAAAUUAUAUUAAACACGGUACCUAAUACAUAGAAUAGUUACUGACAUCAUGUUAUUGUUAUUUCUCGAAUUACACAAAUCUGUUGACGAUGCUUUGGUUGAAGAUCGGUUGUUUAGAAGAGGUGUCAAAUUUGUCGUCUUGUGUACAAAAGGUUGUAUUGACAUCGAGAUCAUUUAGACAUAUAUAGUUAUUAUAUACAUUUGUUGUAUUGUAAUAUAUAUUUUAGCUGGUACCGGGUGUAGAUAAAUAUUCCUUUGUUUCUAUUAUGUCAAUUUAUCUAAGGUCUUUCUUGCACAAUAUUUGCUAUUUUUAUAACAACAUUUUUAUUUAAGUACACACCAUCUAAUUUUAUUUUAACUUAUACCUGUCAUUUUCUUAUCCGCCUAAAACGAAAGGGACGGAUAAUCGAUAAGCAUAAAUUUUAUGGUACACUCGUCAAUUUUAGGCAGAAAUUUAAACAACCCUCUUAAAAAAAUAUAUUAGCCAAUAACAUGACAGAAUUAAGUUCACAGCACAAGUUUGACGGAUUGCACAUCAGCGAGAUGCCUAUUUUAUUCGCCCGGGUUAUUCAUUUUAAAAUUAACAGUUGUCAAUCAUCCGUCCCUUUCCUUUUCGGCGAAUAUGAAAAUGUCAGGUAUAACUUAAAAUAAAAUUAGGAGGUGUCUGCAGCAAUCGGGGCCAUUAGCUUAUUAUGAUUUUGUUAUUGAAUUCUUUAGAUUCCAUAUAAUGCAGUUUUUCACAAGAUGAACAGGGCAAGAAAAAAACAUUGAAUGGUGCUCCAAAAGGAUUUUUUUAAAUAUAAUGACAAAUGUUUAUCUACACCCAAUACCUUGGAGUAGGUAGAGUAUGGGGACCAGUGAAUUUACGACUAAGUUAUUCAAAGUCCAACGAAUGCGAUACGACGAUGUAUUUUAUGUUUGUAAAAUAUUAAUAAAUGAUAUACAUAUU